AAACGCACGUGGCUACGAAUCGCACAAUGCGGCUUACUAUUAGCAACUGAAAGUAUUUUUAUAGUUAUUAUAAUUAAUUUGUGACCUAAUGUACAAAUACAAUGACGACAGAAAAUAUAAAAUCAGCGGUCAAAGCGCUAAAGCUAGGUGCUGGUGAUAACAAAGAGUUGGUGGAAGUGUGCGAUUGUAUUUUGAAUGGACUUGACAACAACUCUAUGACCACUGAAAAAGCUAUUCAAACACUGUCAGAUCAGAUCCUCAACUUGAACUAUGCAAAACUGUUCAGGAAGUACCUAUCCAACAUUCUGUUAGUGUUGGUAUCCAAUAAAAUCCCGUUGAAGUCAGUUUUCUCUCAGAGAGAUUUUGAUAGUUGCAAUGAUACUGAGAAGACAAAUCAUUUGGAAUACUCCAUUGCUCUGGCAUUGAUGAGUGACCACCCUGACAUACUGCAAUACGCACUGAAAUAUUUUGAAAUCAACCAGAUAGCACCUUUUCAUGUGUAUAUUCAUCAUGAAGAUUCAUACAAUGUGGCUCCUAAGAAGCGCAGACUUGCUGACUGUAGGCAGAAGAUCACAGACUAUCACAUGGUGGAAGGUUGCUACAGGCUGCUCAGACAGUUGCCAAAUGGUCUGUCCUCCAAAUGGGACUGGGCCACAUUCAUAGAUAACUUUAGAGAACACGACAAUAUCGAAAUUCGUUGGAUGAUUAAAGAAUGCAUGGCAAUACUUACAAACAUGACUGAUGCUCAAUCUAGGAUUUUAUUGACAAACAUGAAUAUUUUAGAAAAAGUCAAUGUAAAAUGUAUCAAACUCUUUGAAAAUUCAAGAAUUGAACCCAAUGGUAAUGAAAUGGGAGACCUAAACUCAGCCAAUGUGGUUAAUAUUGAUGGUAUAAUGUUGCCAAUUUAUAACAAAGACAAUAUCCAAGGAUGCAGCUUAGUUCCUGUGAAAUCCACUGUCAAUAAUCUAAGAAGUUUAGCUUUGGCUGUUGCAUCAGGUAAUGCAAUAUCCCUACUUGGACCUGUGGGUUCUGGCAAGACCUCUCUUGUGGAACAUUUGGCUGCAAUUACGGGACGAAAAGGAAUAGCGUUUAAAAAAGUACAACUAGGAGACCAAACAGAUUCCCGAAUGCUACUUGGAUCACACCAGUGCACUGAUAUCCCUGGAGAGUUUGUGUGGAGACCCGGUGUAUUAACAGAGGCGGUACAAAACGGCCACUGGCUGUUGCUAGAAGACAUUGACUGCGCUGCAAUGGACGUAGCGUCAACACUGAGUUCCCUGUUGGAAAGAAAUGCACUCUGUGUGCCUGGAUAUAGAGACUCCCUACCUGUGUCGCCUGGCUUUCAACUGUUUGUUACCCAGAGGACACUCAUCACCAACUAUGGUUUCCAAAAGAAGAUGUCCAACUCAAGCACACUUCUUCAAAAGCAUUUGACACAAAUCAACGUUGAACCCCUAUCGAGAUCUGAACUCGCAGAAAUUAUUCAACAACUUUACCCAAGUCUCACAACUAUCAGCCCGCGAAUGAUCGAAGUGUUCAUGAUGUUUUCAGUCGGUAGCCAUGACACUUCCUUACAAACUACUGAGGUGGUCAAUAAAGAAAACAACGUCAAUAUAAUCAGAGGUUCUAGAUUAAUUUCAACUAGAGAUCUUAUCAAAUGGUGUUCAAGGGCUGUCGUAGGGUUCAACGUGUCCAGUCCAGAAUCCGCACUGAAAGUUUUACAAGAUGCGUUAGAUAUAUUCACUUGCUCCGUCGUAUCACCAGACGACAGACUCCAAUUAGCCAAGAAAGUCGGAACUUGUUUGGGUAUAGUUGAAACUAAAUCUGAAUAUUACUUCAAGCAUUAUAAACCAAAUGUGUCGUUGACAUCGAAUGCGCUAGAAGUAGGUCGCGCUAAAGUGUUGCGGAAAGAAAAAGACUUGAAAUCUGUAGAUUUUGAUAAUAGGCAAGUGGUUUUCUCAUUCACGCGGCAAUCCGCAUGUUUGCUUGAGAGGAUCGCGUGUUGCGUCAUGUCCAGUGAGCCAGUACUGCUUGUCGGUGAAACUGGUACAGGGAAAACUUCUUCCGUACAGUAUAUGGCGAAACAGACUGGACACAAACUUGUCGUCAUCAACAUGAACCAGCAGUCUGACUCUGCCGAUUUACUCGGCGGAUACAAACCGGUUGACUUGAAAUAUAUCAUCAAACCUAUUAAAAACGAGUUCGAAGAAUUAUUCAGAUGCUUCUAUAACGUUGAGAAGAACGUAAAAUUUCUGAGCCAUAUACAAACUUGCUUCGAAACAGAAAAUUGGACGGCUUUGUUGACCUUAAUGAAGCAAAGUCACAAAGCCGCAGUUACUAGGCUUACAAACGAAAAGAGGGAAAAUAAGCUAAGUAAAUGGCUUAGUUUUGGGAACAAACUGACAAAACUAGACCAGCAAGUUAAAGCUGCAUCCCGUCUAACCUUUGCAUUUAUUGAAGGAUCUCUAGUCAAAGCUAUGCAAGAAGGUCACUGGGUGUUACUAGACGAAAUCAAUUUAGCCUCGGCUGAAAUCUUGGAAUGUCUAGCUGGUUUGCUGGAAGACAAAAAUGAGUCCAUUGACUUACUAGAGAAAGGAGACAAAGUUCCUAUAAAACGCCAUCCAGAUUUCACUCUAUUCGCAUGUAUGAACCCAGCAACUGACGUAGGGAAGAAAGACCUGCCCGUUGGGUUAAGAAAUCGCUUCACUGAGUUCUUUGUAGAUGAGUUGACUGAAAGAAACGACCUGAUGCUUCUUAUUGGCGACUAUCUGUACCAUAUGAACCUUGGUGGAGCCAUAUUAGAGGCCAUCUUCAAUUUCUAUUCGAGUAUUAGAAAAGAAGCUAAACUUAGUCUUGUGGAUGGUUCAGGUAACGCGCCUCAUUAUUCUUUGCGGACACUGUGCAGAGCGCUGACUGCCGCUUCUAAAGCGAAAUGUGGAACAGUGUCUAGGUCCUUAUAUGAAGCUUUCUGUUUAUCUUUCCUGACGCAACUGGAUAGUUCUUCACAUCCUAGAGUCGAAGCCAUGAUUGCCAAGGCUGUGAUAGGCAAGAAAAAUAUAAAGUCAGUGCUUAACCAAGUCAUUCCUGAACCACAGGUGAGAGGACAAAACUACUUACUUUUUGAAGGACAUUGGAUCCCUCAGGGUAAAUUAGACACAUCCAUACCAGAGGGGUACAUUUUAACAGCGACUGUGAAGAAAAAUCUACGCGAUAUCGCAAGAAUCGUAUCACUCGGGCGAUUGCCCGUAUUACUGCAAGGAGAUACUUCUGUAGGCAAAACGUCUUUGAUCACUUACAUCGCAAAAGCAUCAGGCAAUUAUUGUGUCAGAAUAAACAAUCAUGAACAUACAGAUCUUCAAGAAUACAUCGGAUCGUAUGCGUCUGAUGCAAGUGGAAAGCUGGUCUUUAAAGAGGGUGUUCUAGUCGAAGCAAUGAAAAAAGGAUACUGGAUUAUACUUGACGAAUUGAAUUUAGCUCCAAGUGAUGUUCUUGAAGCUCUUAACCGUGUUUUGGAUGACAACAGAGAAUUAUUCAUACCAGAAACUCAACAGGUUGUUAAGGCAGACCCAAAUUUCAUGCUAUUUGCAACUCAGAAUCCUCCUGGACUGUACGGAGGACGAAAAAUGUUGUCAAGAGCUUUCCGAAACAGAUUCGUGGAGUUGCACUUUGACGAAAUACCUAGGAAAGAAUUGGAAAUAAUUCUGCACCAAAGAUGUCAUAUUCCUCCAGCUUAUAGUAAAAAAAUGAUUGCUGUUAUGGCAGAGUUACAAGUCAGAAGGCGAGGUUCGGCAGCAGUCCAAGGCAAAGAUGGCUUUAUUACUUUGAGAGACCUAUUCCGAUGGGGCGAGAGAUAUAAACGCGCAUCCAAAGAAAUGCUUACCGAUGACAAAUUUUACGACUGGGACCAGCACAUAGCCGAUGAAGGGUAUCUCGUAUUGGCAGGUAAAGUGAGACAAACUGACGAGAUAUAUGUCAUUGAGGAGGUUAUCGAGAAGCACAUAAAGAGGAAAGUUAGUCCAGAAAACUUAUUCAAUCUUCACCAGCUAACGUCGCCAGUGACGAAAUGUAUUUUGGAUGCGAUACUAAAUAACCAACUACAAGAGUUUUCUCAUGUCGUUUGGACGUACAACAUGAGAAGGCUAGCCGUUCUGAUCGCUAAAGCUUUUACGUUCGAUGAACCCGUACUUCUUGUCGGUGAGACCGGCUGUGGAAAGACUACAAUCUGCCAAGUAUUAGCAGCACUAAAGAGGCGACAACUCCUAUCAGUAAAUUGUCACAUGCAUACAGAAAGUUCAGAUUUCAUUGGCGGCCUUCGACCUGUAAGGCAAUACAAAAAUGAUGGUAGACUAUUCGAAUGGGCAGACGGACCUUUGAUAAAGGCUAUGGAGAGCGGAGACAUGUUUUUAGCUGACGAAAUAUCUUUGGCAGAUGACAGCGUGUUGGAGAGACUUAACUCUUUGCUCGAACCGGAAAGACAACUCGUUUUAGCCGAAAGAGGAAUGGAAGAUAAUUCUGACAUAGUGGUCAUUACAGCGGAAAAGAACUUCAACUUUAUAGGAACCAUGAAUCCUGGCGGUGACUUCGGCAAAAAAGAACUUUCACCAGCUCUAAGAAACCGUUUUACCGAAAUUUGGUGUGACAGCGUUACAUCUAGAGAAGACCUGUUAAAGGUUCUUGAAAAGAGCGUUGGUAAAGGCAUAUCUUUAGGAAAUCAAGAAGAUGGCAGUUCCGGUAUUGGUAAUUCGAUAUUGGACUUUACAGAAUGGUUGAAGCAAUCAGAGGUGACAAAUAAGUUCCCAUUCAGUAUUAGAGAUCUACUUUCAUGGGUUCAUUUCAUCAAUAUAACGGUUACAAAAGGUCUCUUAGACACCCCUGAAGCUUACGUACACGGGGCGUGUAUGACCUUCCUCGACUGUUUCGGCACAGCUUUAACUGGUCACAUAGACUCCGAAACCCUGUACUUAGUGAGAAAAACAGCCAUCAAUUUCUUAUUGAAUCAAAUAAAAACUAUUGGGAACGAAUAUACGGAAAGUUUGAGAAAAAUGCUUAGCGAUAAACAAACUAAUUUUACAGCAGAGCAAGACGAUAUUAAAUUCGGUAUAAAACCAUUUUAUAUCGAAGUGGGCGACAAUACUUACAUGUCAGAAGAAACACAGAAAUUCACAUUCACUGCUCCAACGACAGGGUCGAACACAUUAAGGUUGCUGCGUGGACUUCAACUGAACAAGGCUAUUCUGCUAGAAGGAAAUCCAGGUGUAGGCAAAACUAGCUUAGUUACUGCCUUAGCGAAGUCUUCCGGUCACAAAGUCGUCAGAAUCAACUUGAGUGACCAAACUGAUAUUACCGACUUAUUCGGCACAGAUCUUCCAACAGAAGAUGGGUCAUUUACAUUCAAGGAAGGUGCUUUCUUAAGCGCUUUACAACACGGCGAUUGGAUUCUUCUGGAUGAGUUGAAUUUAGCGCCACAACCGGUUCUUGAAGGUCUUAACGCCUGUCUCGAUCAUCGUGGCGAAAUAUUUAUUCCUGAACUAGGAAAAACAUUUAAAGUUAAAGAACGAACUAGACUUUUCGCGUGUCAAAAUCCUUUGAAACAAGGCGGCGCGCGGAGAGGCUUACCUUUAUCAUUCCUUAACAGAUUCACCCAGGUAUACAUCGACACACUAACAAAAGAUGAUUUGAUGUACAUCGUUGGGUCACAGUAUCCCACUUUACCCAAAGAUAUCCUGCAGAGGAUAGUAAAUUUCAAUUGCAAGGUGGCCCAUGAAGUCACAGAGAUUCAAUCUUGGGGCCACAGAGGAGCUCCUUGGGAAAUGAAUCUGAGAGAUAUCCAAAGAUGGUGCGAUGCGCUUGUUAACGAUCAGCAAAACAACAAAAAAGUAAGCCCCGGAAAAUUUGUCGAUAUCCUUUAUAUUAACCGUAUGAGAACUGCAGAAGACAAAGAGACUAUGUCGAAAGCUUACGAUGACAUAUUCUGCCCCGAAUAUCCACGGAGCGAUGAUACUCCGCAGUUUACUUCAAAUUACAAAGAGAUAGUUAUAGGAGAUGUGGUGUUAGAGAGAAAUAUAGAAAAGAAAUUCAAAAACCGUCGUGCGAUUGAGUCAAAUUUAUUAGUAUUGAGGAAUCAGUUACCGACAUUGAAAUCGUUAGCGCAGAAUGUGAAAAUGAAUUGGCUAUCAAUUCUAGUAGGACCAACUGCUACUGGAAAAAGCAGUGUUGUUCAAAUACUAGCUGAUCUAAUGGGUAAUGAUUUACAAGUAAUACCAGUAACAUCUGCUAUGGAUGUCUCUGACCUUCUCGGAGGAUUCGAGCAAGUGGACUAUAACAGAAACCUUGAGAACUUGUAUGAAAAAAUAGAAACAUUAACUAUACAAACUGUGCGAAAUACUUGGCUGUUGAAAGAAAAUAAGAAAUUGCAAACUAAUAAACUGCUCAGUUGUCUGUGUCUUUUUGGUCUAAAAUCAGAAUUGACCAUCACAGAAUCAGACAAUGAAACGGAUAAGUUCAAUGAAAAGAUGUCGUAUCUAUUAGGACAUAGCGAGAUGUUGGCUGAAUGUAACGAGAUGUUUGAUGAAACAUGGCAAAAGGUGCAAGACGUAAUUGGUGACUUAAAGCAUCUGCAAAACAAAGUUAAUAAAUCUUCAUCGGUAAAUGCUGGAGGAAAGUUUGAAUGGGUAGAUUCGUUGCUCGUUAAAACUAUGAUUGAAGGUUCAUGGUUGCUCUUAGACAAUGUCAAUUUGACAUCAGCAGCAGUGUUAGACAGGUUGAAUGGUUUGCUAGAGCCUAACGGAGUUCUGUCAAUACCGGAAAGGGGAGAGAUGAGCGAAAUCAAGCCACAUCCGAACUUCCGAGUGUUCUUUACUAUGGAUCCAAAAUAUGGUGAAAUUUCUAGAGCUAUGAGAAACAGAGGUGUAGAAGUAUUCUUGUUAAAGCCAGAUGACUGGAUUGCCACUUUAUCAGAUACGGUGACUUACAUGGAUUUAGUAGCAUUGUUGGCUUCCUGCGGAAUGCCGAAUGAAUAUCAUGCCGUGUGUAUAGAUUGUCAUGAACUUAUGACAUCAUUUAUUCAAGGCUUUGAGCGACCUACAAUAUCACAUUUGCUCCAAGCUUCACAUCUAACAUGGCAACAAAUUGUGCGAGGAGUACCUUACAAAACUGCUUUACUGAACAGUUUUUCGGAUAUCUACAUAAAACCUAGAUGUGGUGGAGAUUUUUCGUCAGAUGUUAAGACAUCACUGGCUGAAAUGAAGAAUGCCAUGUUAAAAGCUUUAGAACAAAGGUUAGGAACAGAAGAAUAUAAAAUUAUCCAACAAAACGAUUGUAGUCAUACUCUAACAAUAAAGGGCCUCUGCACGAACUCUGACUACGAAAUCUUGAAACAGAUUUUGAAUCCAUUUUAUCAGCUGCUGAUGGAAAACACUCCGAUCGAGACACAUAUAUUUUCAUCAAUAUUUACCAUCUACCAAAAAUGCCCAGAAGAAAGUUUGAAAAUCUUAUAUAACAUCAUAAAAGACAUGGUAUACGAAAAAAACCAACAAGAUGAUCAAUUGGCUCUCCAUUUAAAUUCAACGGCACUUGCGCUUGCAGCAAGAAAUGAAAAUUGUGGAUCAUAUAAACGAUUUUUUCCUGAAUUAUACGAAAUUGACAAUACAAUUAUAGAAGAAUCAAACGCGAGGAUGCUUUUAUUGUUUCAUAUGAUGGCUAAAGUAUUAAUAGCACAUACAUUGGCUCUUAUCGAAGAAAAAGGUCAUACAACUCUAACUUAUGCAAAAGCCAUUGAAUUCGGCAAGUUUACAGAUACAUUCGAUGAAUAUCCUAUUUUGAAGAAUAGUCAUAGUUAUCUUGAAGUCAUCGACAAUUACAUAAUAUUUGCAAUAAAUUCCGCUAAAUCUUGGGACGAUGAGAAAACCUGUAAAAUGCUGCAAUUACAAAACUGGAGGCACAGAUUAUUAACUGUAUUCUGUAAACCUAUAAUCACGGUUGACCAAAAAAGAAAGACUUUCCUGAAUGAGUCAGUUGUCCCACUUUUGUACAUCCACAGCAAGUGGGUGGAAAAGUAUCUUAUGGAAGAACUGUUCAAGUUAGCACAGGAUCAAAAUAUCCAACUGCAGUUCAAGGAAAAAGUAGCGCGCUUACUCUUACGCAACGAAGAAUCUAGCUCCCAACGUGCUAAGAUAGGGAAAAAGCUACGUAAGCUCUACGGACAACCAAAAUUAUGCAAAGAUGCGACCGAAUACGACCUCUGCACUUCUAGAACGGAAAUGUACAAAAAACUGACGUUAAACAUGAAUCAACUUUUAGAAAAGCAGCUGGACAAACUAUCAAUAGAUGUUUCUACAGCGACCAAUGCUACUCUAGCUCUGGAUAUCCCAGAGAGUGAUACUCUUGUAACAGUUCAAGACAAUCUAACAAAAGCUAUGGAAGUCGCAAAAGACAGAGUCAAAACAUCUGAAAUUAAACUGUUGCCUAUCCGAUCAUACAUCAUUCAAAGAAUAUUCAGCUUACUCCAAGAUGAUUUUAUUCAAAUAAUAUCUACAUUAUCGAUCAAAGAUGACAACCAAACCAGAAAUAGUCUUAUUCAAGCUGAUUUCCUAGAAAUCUUGAAGAAUUUAAUAUAUUUAGGAGAACUUUCUAAGGGACUUUCACCGAGCAUGUUAAACUUGAUGCAAAUGCUUUGGAUUUUGCAAGACGGUGGUGACGACAUUCGAGAUAAGAUAUCAUCGUUGCCUGCGAAAUUCUGGGAUGAGUUCUAUAAGGCUCUUGUGAAUUCUCCUGCGUUGCAUCCUUUACCAUUCUUUUGUUUAAAAAAGGACCUAGACAAUGAACAUGUGGUGGAUGUACCAGCAACCAGCAAGAGGUUGUCAACCAACAUGCCGUUGAUGCCUUAUUAUGUACAAAAGCUGACUGUUUCUGACGAAAUCGAAGGAGCUCGCCAUUUGUUGGCAUACGAAACAAUAUCUCUAGAAGAAAGAGCGGAAUAUUCCAAACGGUUGAACACGGUACUCAACAUUCUAUGGAAAAACAUUGGUAUAUUAGAUACAGCUGCGUCUGUUAAAUUGAGGUCGGAUGCCGCUUUUGAAAUGAACAAGUACCAACUACUUAUCACGAAUUUGCAUUCAAUUUUAACAUCAACGUCACAGGAAGACGCCAUGAAAUUGUCUAACCCUAUAGAGUUUAUGAAGUACUAUUUACAAGACGAUACAUCAACGUUAGACAUGAUUCUAAAAGCUAAUACCGUUUACGAAGAAUUGACUUGUAUAAUGCAGAAUCUUCAAGAAAACUCUCAAAUGAAAGCUAAGAUAUUAACAGCAGAGCUAUCUCUUUAUACAAGUUUCGUAUUCGUCAAAAUUAUGACCGAAAUAAGCCCAGUGGAUCAUGUUGAGAAAUACAAACUCAAAUCACAUUAUGCGAAAGAAGAUAUUGAAAUGUUCAACACUUUACUAAGCUCCUAUUACAUGCAUGGACUUGUCACUGGUACUAUAACAGGUAGAGAGGCCAUAGAAAAGGCAUCAGAUGUUACUCCAGAGUUACUUAACGUUAACAGUAACGGUUUGAAGAAGGUACAUCCUUAUUGCCGUAUUCUGAUGACAAUGAAGGAAGAAACUGCUCUAAUGAUUGAGAAGUACACCACUUGGAACUAUUUUAGACCUCAUUCUCCUUCGUAUAUCAGUAUGGUCAAGGAUUGCAAACACUUCACAAAUUCUGUACUCUCAGAGAAGACAAUCAAAGACGUAUCUAAUGCUCUAAUAUCCACUAGCAAAAACUUAAAUGAAAAUCUACAUUCCAAAAGUCUCAACAAAACACUGGUAUCGGAUGCGCGUACUUUGCUAAAAGAGACAGAAUCGUGGUUGUAUUCUGUCAACGCGUUUUACAGGAAAAUCGAGUCUUAUUCCGAUGCAUUCCCAGACUUAGCAAAGCCUUUACAGAGUUCUGUAUCCCAAACUGUCUACAGCAUUACCGUGUUAAAAGAUUUAAUAAGAGAAAUGGUCGUUAAGAUCGAACAAGGGCCGCUUUUAGGAGAUAUUGUGACAGAUUUGAUGGCGUAUCCCAAUAGUAUAGCGAAGAGAGAUACAAAGGAGAAACAUUUGAAUAGAUUCUUAGCUUCAAACUUCAUGCAGCUUUUGAAUAGGAAUGUAAUUGCUUCGAAUCAGGAUCUGUUCAGCGCAGAAGUGGAAUGUCUUGAAGUAUUGAAGAUGAAUCUAGCCGAGUUGCGUAUGCAUUGUACAGCAAAGGAACGUGUUGACAACGUGUCAACUAAAGCUGUUCUCACCACACUUGGCGCUAUUGUCACGACUUGGGAGAAACAACAGCGCGAUAUCGAAAAGAAAAAACAGGAUGAUGAAGCCUUAUACGUCACUAAGUCUAAAUGCGAAGAUGAAGACGACGACGCCAUUGCUCACCAAGAAAUCAAGGAAAUGUUCCCCUCAUAUACUGACCAAGACUUCAGUGAAUUCAAACCACCAACUCUUGAAGAGAAGCCAGUAAAAGCGAUGCAAAUUACAGACAAGAACAAAUUCAAAACAUUCAUCAGUUCUGACGACGUUUCGCUCGUUUACAAAUGGCAUUCAAACUUUAUGAAAAACCUGACUACAGCGGAAUGGUUACCCACACCAAAGAAAUUGGUUGGCAACGACGUCAUAAGCCCCUUCUUAUUGAGGUAUCCGAUAUUUAGUCGCAUUAUCACAAACGCUUGGGAAGCGUUGGACGCUGAGUUCGAAGGAACCGUUUCGCCAAGUUUGUUGGUACUUAUAUCACAGAUUAAAGAGAAAAUCGAUGGUGUUGAAUCGUCAGGAUCCAAACCGGAUUUCUAUCGAUCAGCAUGGGUAUCAGAAACAAGACAGUGCGUUCCAUUGUUGCACCAAGUGAAGGAAAGCACAAACGAACUACUGGAUCAGUGGCCAGACUUCCCUACUUUGAAAGACAUAAUAGUAAUAGUAAACAGAAUCCAGAGUUUCCCGGUAACAAGUCCAGUGUCUCGGUUUUUAACUGGCUUGGAGUUACUCCGGGACAAAAUAGAGGAGUGGAACAAGAACGCACAUAAAGGAAACAAUCUAAUUGACAUCUCACUCGCUGUCGGACAACAAAUUAUCAACUGGAGGAAGCUUGAAAUGGGGCAUUGGAAAGAGUGCCUUAAUAAUUUAUAUCAAAGGAAACAGUCAGAAGCCCACAAAUACUGGUUCUAUCUCUACUCAGUGAUUGCGUCAUACCUGGAUAAUCCAGAGGGCAAUGACCCCGUGUCUUCUGACCGCGUCAUUUCAGUUCUGAAGGAUUUCAUUGAAACGUCCAACUUGGCAGAAUAUGACGUCAGACUUGACAUAAUCUAUGUGUAUCACUGUCAUUUGGUACAUUUGGAAGCUAGUCAAAGACGAAACGAGCUGCUCUCAAUAUUCUGGAACACAUACAACUACUAUUCCCAGUUCCACGGCCAGGUGGCUACCUAUUUGAAAGAGAAACGCGCGCCGAUUGAGAAGAAACUGCGAGAUUUCGUCAAAAUAUGCACGUGGGACAGAGAUCUCAGCUACUGGAGUGUUAAAGAUACUGUUGAGAAAGCGCACAAGGCUUUGCACAAACAUACUAAGGAGUUUGAGAACGUACUUAAAGAGAGCGUCGCAAAUUGUCUGGUAGACAAUUCGACAGAAGUAGGCACGGAUCAUGUCGGUAUAUGGGACCGCCCUAAACGUGCCACCGCUACGACCGCUCCCACUGGAGGAGCCUACUUGAUUGAUCCAUCCAAUCAUGUAGUGCUUGCUAGGAAUAUCAAGAAAUAUCUUGACCAAGCUGAACAGCCGUCUCCAGUAGUAACCGAAGGAAGUCUUCUGGCUAAAAUACCGAAUUUGUUGAACAAAGCUAAAACUCUAUGUAAAGACACCAUUACCAACUCUGGGUACCCGUCUCUUGUGCAAGGGUUAGAUGACUUUGUCACACUUGUCAUUGAGACCAACACGCAUCUUGGGUCUUUGGAGGUGGAUUCCACUUUGCCGAAAGAGAAACAAACAUCGCAAGCAAAGAACAUAGUACAACAGAAACGGAAAGCACUAGCGGACCUGUUCAAGUAUCUCGCCAAAAUGGGCCUUAAUUAUCGCACAGGACUCGUCAUAUUGUCUGCCAAUGACAAUCUCUAUGAUUUUACCAUACCGCCGGUCGAUUUAGACGCUGCUAUGGGAUAUCUGAAGAACAGGCGCUGUGAUACAACUCUCAGCCUCUUAUGGUCUGGCUGUGAAAAAUACUUCCAGAAGAGCAUAGCACGGCAUCGUCACCUCACAAACGGUUUACAAACUCCUCAUCAAGACCUGGGUAUUCAAAACAUUGAACGUUGCAAGGGUUUUGCUGCUCAGCUCAUGAAACUAACCAACUCGCAAAAGAAAUCUAUAGCAAAGUAUUCUCGACAUCUGUGCGAUCUGCGCGUAAUAACCACAAAUCUGACGAACGCUCUAGAUAUUGACACUGACACCAACAUAUCAACAUUAGGCCAAAGAAUCGACAUCCUGAACGAUUGUUUUGCGAACACUUUAAUUUUGCUUGACCAAUUCAGUCUUGUACUGAAAGCAUGCCCUGAGAAGGAAUUAGGGGACAGUGAACCAGAAUUUGAUUCAUUGUUCUCAAAUUCUCCAAUCGUGAAGUGCUUUAAAGAUAGCGAUGAGUGGAAGGCAUUGUACAACAAGGUCAAAUCAAUGAUCUCAAUCGCCAUCAAACAAAAGGCAGCACUGCACAAAAUGACGAUGACUUUACCAAAGCAAAUAGGAUCGAAUGUAGAUACACCUGUAGUAUCUCAAGGUCACAUAGAUGUUGCUACUGAUGCUAGGACCAUUUUAGAAAUGCUCAAGACUGAUAUUGAUGCUAUUUUGAACGAGUACCAAUUCAGACUAAAAUCUAUAAUCCAAAAUUACGAACCUCAACAUCCAAUACUAAGAAGUCUUGUUAAUUUAUCCAAAUACAUCAAAGAAACAAUUGAUGACAUUGAAAAGUUAGAUGAAAUCGAUUUAUCAAUGACAAACAAUAGCAAGGAAUUAAUAGAACAGACUGAAGAUCUAGUAGCUACUAUGCUUUUAAUCAUACAAUCAACAUACAAAAAGCAUUUGCCUCAGGACAAAAAAAAUGAAAGUUUAGACGUAUUGAACGCUAUUGAUGAGAUCAUUGAAGACGGAAAGGAAAAGGAAGAAUCCAAAGAAAUACUCGAAGACAAUCACUUGAAAGAGCUUUUGCAAGAGAAACUGUCGAAUGACUUCAAGAUUCUGCAACUUGAUUCACUGAUAAAUAAACUUAGGGAAUUAUUAGUGAACUACAUUGAAUAUAUAGCGACAAAUAAAGAACCUAGUGACGUGAAGAACGCAGUGAUGACGGUGGUGCCGAUAUUGGAGCAGACAGUCUUAUUCGUGCAAUAUUUCGUGACUGAGAAAGUAGCUGUGCACCGUGUGUCCUGCAAAAUGUUGUCUGUCCUCUUGAAAAUAUUUUCCGACUUGGCUACGAAAGGAUUCUGCAAACCAUCAGAUCUAGACAUGGAGGACGGCGAUGGAGAAGGUGGUCCUGGGAAGCUAUCUGGUGGAACUGGUCUCGGUGAAGGAGAGGGCCAGAAGGAUGUCUCUGAUAGAAUUGAGAAUCAGGAUCAAUUAGACGACGCACACAAACCAGGUGAAGAGAAGAAAGAAGAGGACAGAGAUUGCAAAGAAGAAGAGAAGGGCAUCAACAUGAGUGACGAUUUUGACUCCCAAUUGCAAGACGUGGACAAGAAAGAAGGAGAUGAAUCAGAUAAAGAGGACAAUGAAGACGAUGCUGAUAAACAAAUGGGUGACAUCGACAAUGCUGCUGAGAAACUAGAUCAGCAAAUUUGGGGUUCAGAAGACGAAGAAGAAUUAGAAGACGAAGGCAAGAAGGACAAAGAAGAGAAAGGUAAAGGAGAGAGUACAGGAGAGAAGGAAAUGGCUGCUAAAGAAGAGGAACAGGGUGUUGAUGAUGGAACAGAAGGGAAGGACAAGAAACAGAAGAAAGAUAUCAACGAAAUGGAAGAACCGGAAGUUGAUGAUGAUCAUGUGGACCCGUACCACGGUAAUCAGCAACAGCUCCCGGAACCAGAAGACUUCGAGAUGCCUGACAACAUGGAUGUGGACGGAGAUGAAGGAGAGGAUAACGAAGGCGAAACGGAAACAGAAAAUCCUUUCGAGAUAACGAAAGACAACAUUCCAGAAGACCAAGAAGAAGAAAAAGAACAGAAAGAAGAAAAUAAGAACGGUCUAGAAGUUUCCAGUGACGAGGAAGAUGGUGGAGACGACCGCGACGAGGAGAAAGAAGAUCAGCAACAAGGAGAUGAGAAAGACGAAGGUCAAAACAAAGACCAAGAAGGUCCCGAAGACAAAAACAAAGACGAAAAGGAACCUGAACAAGACACCGACGGUAACAUCGACCAGGAAACAGAAGACCUAGAACAACCAGAAGAAACCCAACCAGAAGAUAAACAAGAAGAAUUGCCCAACAACCCGGAGAAGAUGAAUGAAGAUGAUGAAAUUGAGGAGAAGAAACAAGAACCUAACCCUCAAGCUAAUCCUUCGACUAACGAUCCUACAGCUGGCGAUAAAGCUGAAAAAGCGGAAGUGGAUAAAGGAACUGAUGACAAUGUUGAAACUAACGCUGAUCAACAGAAAGACGAAGAAUCCGCGCCUUUUGAACAAGCCCAAGAGCAAGUAGGCGAAGACAAGCAAUCAACCGGCAGAUCAGAGCUCGAUAAGAGUGACAAGGGACAUCGCGGAGAGAAGCAAGCUGCGCGCGCCGAGCAGUCUCGCGAGAAACAACAGAGACACGAGAACAAACCUGGAAGGACUGACCAUGAACGGACCCUGGGUGACGUAAAUGAAAAGAAGCACAAGCAGUCAAAGACCCUGAAUGUCGAGCAAGAAGACCAGGAGGAGGGCGGUGAGGCUGACGAGGAUGCGGAGAAGGAGGCUGAUGCGUACCAGCACGUCAAGCAGGCCAAGAAGGACGAUCUGCAGGCAGUAGAUGCAGCGACCAAAGAACAAGCAGAUCAGCAACCGACAUUGCAACAAGACGACGAAGAUGGUGAGAAGAUGAAAGAUGAUGAGGAAGUGCCUAUGGAUGUUGAUGAAGACGAUAUUCAGGUGGAUAAAUCUGAAGAAUUAAAAGCUGAGAAGACCAAAGACAGCGUAGAUAAGGAGAAAGACAAAUCUGGCAACAAGAAAGAUUCUGGCGAGGAACCGACUGGUGAGACUGGCAUCGAGGUGGAAGGAGACGCGGUGGUCACUGCCCAUGUACCGAGGGGCAACGAAACCACUUAUCAUACUAGACUAGGAGAAUCCAACCAACAACCAGCUGAAGACAUAUCUAUGUCUGAAUACAUGAGCAUUCGCCAGUGGUUGGUCAGCGGGCCUUCCCAAGCAGGGUCGACCUUGGUAUGGCGGUCGUUGUGGCGGGAUUCCAGUGCAGCUGCGCGCGCACUCUGUGAAAGACUCAGGCUGGUCCUCGAGCCUACUGGACGCUCCAGAAGAGCUGGUGACUUCAGAACCGGUCGCGCGAUUAACAUGCGUCGCGUGAUCCCGUACAUCGCGUCACAUUUCCGCAAGGACCGCAUCUGGCUGCGGCGUACUAAGCCGGCGAAACGAGAGUACAAAAUCGCCAUAGCAGUUGACGACUCUAGCUCUAUGUCCGAUAACAGGAGCAAGGAACUCGCGUUUGAGAGUCUUGCGCUUGUUUCUCAGGCGUUAAAUCUCCUAGAAUCCGGCGACCUUGCCGUGCUAAGUUUCGGCGAGAAACCCAACCUGCUCCAUCCGUUUACCGAGCAAUUUUCCGAACAUUCCGGCUCAAAAAUCCUAGAACAACUUCGCUUUGAGCAGACGAAGACCAAAAUCGCGCAACUGCUAGACUUUUGUACCGUAAUGUUCGAAGAGCAAGCGAUACGAAGUGACGCGGUGAAUGCCAAGUUGUUAGUGGUUGUGAGCGACGGCCGAGGUAUAUUCUCUGAAGGGGAAACUAAAGUGGUGCAGGCUGUGAGACGGGCGAGACAAGCUGGGAUAUUCUUGGUCUACGUUAUUAUUGAUAAUCCUGAUAAUAAGGACUCAAUAAUGGACAUCAGACGGCCGAUAGUCGAUCCGGUAACGAACUCUGUCGGCUUCGUGUCAUACCUGGAUACGUUCCCGUUCCCGUUUUACCUUAUAUUACGAGAUAUGUCCGCUUUGCCCACUGUAUUGGGCGACGCCUUGCGACAGUGGUUCGAAUUAGCAGCCAACACAGCCAGUUGAAAACAGUAAAUUAUAAACUUAAUAAUAUUAAUAAUAAAUUAAGAUAUAUUUUAUAUAAAUAUAAAAUGACGUGCAAGACUUAAUUUAAGUACUUGCUAGUAAAGUGUUAGAAUAAAAUAAAUUGUGUUCUCCGUUCUUUAUAGAUCUAGAAUUAUAUUUGACGAGUUGUGCAAAACAAUUAGUACUAUAAUUAUCCAUUCUAUUAUAAAUCAUGAGGCAACUGUAUUAAGAUAUGUAAUGAGUAAAAUACAUUUUGAGUUGUAUUCUAGACUUUUAAAGAAUUAGGAAAUAAUAGAUUUUUUAAAUAACACUAAGAAAAAUGUUAUUUAUGUAAAUAAGUCUACGUGCUGCAAAAUUAAAUAGGAUAAUUAGAGCUGUGAUCUUAGAACGCAUUUUAAGAAUACAGGAACUAUGUAUUUGUAUGGGUCAAGCGUAAGUAGGCUUAAGAAAUUUCAUAUUUUAUUAUUGAAAUAAACAUUAAAAAAAUACUUUAUAUCAACCGA